UUGGCGGCUUAGUCUUGCCGUGACAUUAUGGCCUGGAGGAGUGGAAUCGCAUUCGCUGCCCUGACUGUGGCCCUGAUCCUGACUGUCGGCAGUCAAGCCUCGCAGUUCAGUCGCGACGAGAGCCGCGAGGAGGAGGAGACCAACUUCAACCUGGCUUCCACGCUGACUGGAGGCAUCCGCAGCAGUCGCCACCACCAGCGGGCGAAUCUCAACUCGCAUCUGUAUCCCGAUAGCGUUCAGCCGGGAACAACCUAUGGCGGCCCCGGCAUCGAUGAUCCACAUGGUCACGAGCAAGGCGGAACCUCUUCGAGAGUAGGAGGCUCCAAUUUGAUCGGCUAUGUUGGAUCGCAGUCUCCGCCUUUGCCAGCUGCUCACCCUGGUCAAGAGCUUCCGCCAGGAAUUUAUCCACCUCCUGGGUACCCGACCACAGGUCCUCCUCAGCCUCCCGUUCAUUUUCCUACUGGAAAUGCAGCCCAUCAGUCAGGGGGUGCCGCCGCUCCAGGUCCGUACUAUACACAGCCAAGAGCAGGCUCAUAUCCACAGCCAGGAGUAGGCUCAUACCCACAGCCAGGAGUGCCGUCCUAUCCACAGCCAGGAGUAGGUUCUUUUCCGCAGCCGGCCGCUCCAGGGGCCUAUCCCGCAGGGUAUCCCAGCUACGCCUAUCCUGGAGUUUAUUUACCCCAAUUCCCCGGCUAUUCGCAGCCUGGGGCAUAUCCUGGCUACGCACCAGGAGCUCCUCCAGUGAUUGUGCACCCUGGGGCAGCUCCUCCAGCUGGAGCUGGUGCUACAGCUCCUUCUUACCCACAGAAGAGCAGCAGGCACCACAGCCGAUAUCCGACGCACGAUGCUCAAGAUCCGGAGCACUGGGACCACAGGUUCUCCAUGAACACCGAGUACAAUGAGGAUGGCGUCCACAAGGGAUCCUUUGAUGUCCUGAACAACCACAAUGCCUUCGGGUAUGGCAGCGGCUAUGGGGGCGGCUACAAUGGCGCCUUCAAUUCACCGGCCUUUUGAAAUAAAAGUCCUCCCAUCUGGAGGAGAGGCGUAGUCAUAAGUUGGAUUCCAGCCGCAACACCCUCUGAGGCAAAGAGCAGCUGUUCUGUCUGUCUCUGAAUAAACGUGAUUUUUGCACACCCAGCACCCAACCCAA